UAUUCUUUCAAUUGAUAGAACUUGAGGGACCACGAACUUUUCUCCACACCUUUAACGUGGACUCAAAGAUAGCUGACGGACGGCGUACCUAUUUGCACAUUUUCAAAGCAUUUAAAAAAUAAUUACUUGCGUUCUGGCAGGCUUAGAAACUGGUUUAUUGACAAGACGUUUCUUAGUUUUACAGGUCGACGCAUCUCAACCGUGUCCUCCGCCUUUAACAACAAUGAGCUGCAUGAAGGAGGAAACCCGAAGUUCAUCUCCUCAGUGUCCAAAACCGGAUGAGUCGGAACAGCCGCUGGGCACUGCCAUGGAGACGACCAUGGACACGCGUGGAGAUGGCAACGGUGACAGUGUGAAGGGAGAGGCCCCGUCUGAAGUGGUCAUCACCAAAGAAAUGGAAGAUGAAGAGAAGCAGCUGAUGGAGGAAGGAGAGAGGAAAGAGAAGGAGAUGAUAGAAAAGGUUCGUGAGUCGUGGGAGAGGGAUUCCCAGGACAUUCGCUACAAGCGUCUGCAGCAUCUGCUCCAGAAGAGCAACAUUUACUCUAAAUUCCUGCUGACAAAAAUGGAGCAGCAGCAGAAUGAGGAGAAAGUCAGGAAGGAGAAGCAGGAGAAGAAGACCAAAAAGACUGCCUCCAAAAUGGAUCCUGAGAAAGAUAAGAAGAAGAGGAAGAGGGACUACAAGAUAGCAGAUGUCAUGUCAAAGGAGGAAAUCAUGACGCAGGCUGCAAAGAAAUCAAGAGUGGAGGAAGUGAACGAAGCUCCGGCCCAUAAAAAACUAGAGGCCGAAGACAUAGAAAAGAUGAGCGAUUCCAACCAGGACAUAAAGAACCGGCUGUCGGAGAGCGUUCGAGAGAAAGCCAAGCACCUGCUGCACCCUGACAGGAAGGUGGACGGACAGCCGGUUCCUGUGCAGCAGCCGCAGCUCUUCACUGGAGGCAUCAUGAGGUGGUACCAGAUCGAGGGCAUUGAGUGGCUCAGGAUGCUGUGGGAGAACGGCAUCAACGGGAUCCUGGCGGAUGAGAUGGGACUGGGAAAGACUAUCCAGUGCAUCGCUCACAUUGCCAUGAUGAUAGAGAAAACAGUGAUGGGCCCCUUCUUGGUAGUGGCCCCUCUUUCCACUCUGCCCAACUGGAUCAAUGAGUUCAAGCGUUUUACACCAGAGGUGUCUGUGCUGCUUUACCAUGGCCCCCAACCCGAGAGGGCCAAGCUGCUGAAGCAGAUUCGGAGGCCUCAGGGGCCCCUCAACAUGUGUCCCGUGGUGAUCACCUCAUUUGAGAUCUCCAUGAUUGACAGGAAAUUUCUGCAGCGCUUUCAGUGGAAGUAUCUCAUCGUGGAUGAAGGUCACAGGAUCAAAAACUUGAACUGUCGGCUGGUGCGGGAGCUGAAGACUCUCCCCACUGACAACAAGCUGCUGCUGACCGGAACGCCACUGCAGAACAACCUGGCCGAGCUGUGGUCCCUUCUCAACUUCCUGCUGCCGGAGGUUUUUGACGACCUGAAAAGCUUCGAGUCAUGGUUUGACAUCAACAGCCUGGGAGAACCCGAGAGCCUCAAGGUGUCCGAACGUGAACAGAACAUCCUGAGCAUGCUGCACCAGAUUUUGACUCCAUUCCUGCUGAGGAGGCUGAAGUCAGACGUGACUCUGGAGGUGCCUCCUAAAAAAGAGAUUGUGGUUUAUGCGCCUUUGACGUCCAAACAGGAGGCUUUCUACACUGCAGUGGUCAACAAAAGCAUUGCCAAAAUGCUGGGCCAGGAAAAGGCUGAGGCUCCGGUGGCACUGACGCCAAGCGGUAGACCCAAACGUCGAAGUCGGAGGGUGGUUGACUACACAGAAACGGAAGACGAGACGCCAUUUACACUGGAGAAGUAUCUGGAGAGGGUUCAAAAGGAAGCGGAGCAGAGCUCCACUCCAGUUCUGGAUGUUCAAAGUCCUCUGGACGCUCAGAUCAACCUGAAGCUGCAGAAUGUGUUGAUGCUGCUGAAGCGCUGCUGCAACCAUCCGUACCUGGUGGAGUAUCCUCUGGAUCCAGCUACGCAGGAGUUCAAGAUUGAUGAAGAGCUGGUCCAAAGCUCUGGGAAAUUCCUCAUUCUGGACCGAUUGUUACCUGAGCUGAAAAAGAGAGGGCAUAAGGUUUUGAUCUUCAGUCAGAUGACGUCUAUCUUGGACAUUCUGAUGGAUUACUGCUACCUGCGAGGCUUUCAGUACAGUCGGCUGGAUGGCAGCAUGUCCUACACGGAGAGAGAUGAGAAUAUUUCAAAGUUUUCCAAAGAUCUGGAGGUCUUUGUCUUCCUGCUGAGCACUAGAGCUGGAGGACUGGGGAUCAAUCUGACGGCUGCUGACACAGUCAUCAUAUUUGACAGUGACUGGAACCCUCAGGCGGAUCUGCAGGCUCAGGACCGCUGUCACCGCAUUGGACAAACCAAACCAGUGGUGGUGUAUCGACUGGUCACGGCCAACACCAUUGACCAGAAGAUCCUGGAGAGGGCGUCGGCCAAGAGGAAGCUGGAGCAGAUGGUUAUCCAUAAGAAUAAGUUUAAAGGCGGGAAAGCAGAGCUGAAUCAAGGCAGAAGCUGUGUGGAUCUGGAUGAGCUGCGUGACUUGCUCAAAGCCCAGAGACCAGAGAAGGAGGUGAAGUCUUCCAAAGGGAAGGUAAUCAGUGACCAGGACCUGGAGGUCCUGCUGGAUCGCAGUGAUUUAAUAGACAAAGACAUGGGCAUGGUGAAGGAAAAGGUGGGAGUGUUUCGGGUGGUGGAGGCCAGAGAGUCAUCAGGGAUGACUUUGACCUGAUCCAACUGCUGGAGCUUUAGGACUGUCUGUAGAUGAUGUUCAUACAACACUUUUUACUAUUUUGUUCGCAAAAGGUCCUUAAACCACGUUAUUAGUGUUUGGAGCUUUUCAGUCUGAUGGCCCAAAAUAAAACCACUUGAUGAAACUAAAACAAGAUUCAAUUAGAAAUAGAUUGAAAUGAUUGUUCUUUUGUCUGAGUUUAUUGGAAUAAAAAGUUGAUUCUUUGA